CAUCGCACACUGAAUUAAAUUGCAGUUCCGUGCGGUGCAUCACACAGCAGGAAGUAAAAUGAGUUCGCUGAAAGGAAUAACAAUAAUUGUAUUCGCGCUGUUUGUUGGAGCAUCGGCGAGUAACUCGUUCAAUAUUAUCAGAGACUGCAAGCAGUACAACGGUGCGAUAGACUAUAAUGGUCCGGUAAGUUACUUCCCAACGGCCAACUUGCAACACGUACGCCGCACAGAUCGCUCGAAGGUGUUCAAAUUUGCUGUACUUGGCCCAAUGGAUGGACAUUUGCGGUUUGGAAGGUCGCAAUUUCCAUACGAUAGCAAUGUGAUUGAGAUUGUGCUAGGAGGAUGGCGAAACAGCAAAAGUGCUGGAAGGCGCCAGUAUCGAACGGCUGGUAACCGAGCAACGAACAAUGUGCUCGUCGAAGUUCAAACUCCCAAUCUGUUGUCUCCGUUUCAUCCGCUAAUGUUUGUGCUGGAAGUGUUCAACGAGGGACGGGUGGAGGUACGGAUCGAUGGCCAGCCGCAACCGUUCCUGUCGUUCCAAGAUAGCAGCCGAAUCCCCGCUAAUUAUAUGGCGUUUAACAGGUGGGAAAGGGAAUUGAUCUACUUCUACGAUUGUCCUUUUUAGAGCGGAAAGGAUCCUGGAAACCAAAACAAUUAUAAAUAAAAAAUAAAACAAAAUAAAAUCAAUGAGCUGAAUGGGCUGGUCUCGUCAUGGGCUCAAGGCCCGAAUGGCAGGUCUAGGACCGAA